GCAGUCCGUCCUCCCCCGCCGAGAUGGUACAGCCCGGCUCAGGGGUCCCCUGCUCAGCGUGCGCUGGGUCUGGCCCGUCGGCUGCAAGUCCGCGCUGCCCCGAGACGAUGCUGCUGCCCCCGCUGCGGAGAGCGCUGCUGGGCUGCCCCCGCGCUGGGCUGCGAUGGCAACACCGUAUAGCUGUAGAGGUGACCAACGAACCCAUUCUGGAGUUCAAGCACGGCAGCCCGGAACGAGCAGCUCUUCAGAAGGCGCUAAACGAUCUGAAGGGCAAGACGGAGGCCAUCCCGUGCGUGGUGGGGGGAGAAGAGGUGUGGACAUCAGACGUCCGGUACCAGUUGUCGCCGUUCAAUCACUCGCACAAGGUGGCCAAGUUCUGCUAUGCAGACAAGGACUUGCUUAACAAAGCAAUCAAUGCCGCCAUGGCCGUGCGGAAGGAAUGGGACCUGAAACCCAUCCAGGACAGGGCACAGAUCUUCUUCAAGGCGGCCGACAUGCUGAGCGGCCCAAGGCGAGCGGAAAUGCUGGCCAAAACCAUGAUUGGGCAGGGCAAAACCGUCAUGCAGGCGGAAAUCGACGCAGCCGCGGAGCUGAUCGAUUUCUUCCGAUUCAAUGCCAAGUAUGCGCUGGAGCUGGAGAACUCUCAGCCCGUCAGCAUCCCCAUCAGCACCAACAGCAUGGUCUACCGGGGGCUGGAGGGCUUUGUGGCAGCUGUUUCGCCCUUUAACUUCACUGCGAUUGGCGGGAACCUGGCAGGGGCUCCGGCUUUGAUGGGAAACGUGGUCCUGUGGAAACCCAGCGACGCCGCCAUGCUGUCCAACUUCACCAUCUACAGAAUCCUCCUGGAAGCUGGUCUCCCUCCAAACGUCAUUCAGUUUGUCCCGGCUGACGGAGCUGUCUUUGGAGACACGGUCACAAGCUCUGAGCAUUUCUGCGGGCUCAACUUCACGGGCAGCGUGCCAACCUUCAAGCACCUUUGGAAGCAGGUGUCGGAGAACCUGGAUCGAUACCGCACCUUUCCGCGCCUGGCAGGAGAGUGCGGCGGGAAGAACUUCCACUUCGUGCACAGCUCAGCCGACGUGCCCAGCGUGGUGAACGGGACCCUGCGCUCGGCCUUCGAGUACAGCGGCCAGAAAUGCUCGGCCUGCUCCCGCCUCUAUGCCCCCGACUCGCUGUGGCCCCAGAUCAAAGCGAAACUGUUGGAGGAGCACGGGAAGAUCAAAGUGGGAGACCCUGCCCAGGAUUUCGCGACGUUCUUCUCGGCUGUGAUCGAUGACAAGUCUUUUGCACGUAUUAAGAAGUGGCUCCAACACGCCAAGACGUCGCCCAACCUCAGCAUCCUGGCGGGGGGGACGUGUGAUGACACCGUUGGGUAUUUUGUCGAGCCGUGUAUCGUGGAGAGCAAAGACCCAAAGGACCCCAUCAUGGAAGAGGAAAUUUUUGGCCCAGUCCUGACUGUCUAUGUCUAUCCAGAAAAGCAGUACAAGGAAAUCCUACAGCUCAUAGACACCACAUCCCCCUAUGGCCUCACGGGGGCAGUGUUCGCCCAGGAUAAGCACGUCAUCCAGGAAGCGAGGACGCUUCUGAGGAAUGCAGCUGGCAACUUCUACAUUAACGAUAAGUCGACAGGCGCAAUUGUGGCCCAGCAGCCAUUUGGGGGCGCUCGUGCCUCAGGAACCAACGACAAACCAGGCAGUCCCUUCUACCUCCUGCGCUGGACGUCUCCCCAGGCCAUCAAGGAGACCCACGUGCCGCUCGGAGACUGGCAGUACGCGUACAUGCAAUGAUCACGGCCCAGUGCCUUCCAUGCUGAGAGAACGCCCUCUUACUACUGACUCCCAACGCAGAGCGGAGUUGCCGAUCUCAUGUCCAAGCUACGGCUCUAAUAGUAUUUAAAGCAUUUUGUUUUUUCAAACAAAAUUUAACAGACUGUUACCCAGCAACAAGAGCAACCCUUGUGAUUUCUCAAGCCCGAUGUAGAAGAUUAGUCUAAAGCAGGGUUCUUCUGUAGGCUGCAGUUUGUUCACGGUCCUCUAGCAGGAGGAGGCCGCUCAUCAAGGUACCUUAGAACAGGAAUGCAGCAGCAAGAACCACAGGCCUGCGAGGCAGUAGAGGAGAAACGUUCUGGCAAGAAUGAGAUAACGGGGGUUCAUGCUGAUCUGUGCUGAACAAAUCCAUGAAGCUUGCCCUCCCACUCCACGUCCCAUAGAAUCAUAGAGGAACAUGCCCGUGGAGAUGUUCUUGUCCAUUUCUCCCCAUACAUUUGGUCUAUGCAUGAUUGUGGUUUUCCAUCUCGAUCUCAGGGACUGAGUGUCUCCUGCUGCAGGUAGGAAGCCGGUGCCUAGUCUGCCAUUGGAGAGGGAACAAAUCAUGUUCUUUAAAGGGCUUGGCCAUACGAACGCUUAUU